CGUCAAACGAGCCUCAAACACUACCAAGUCCAAACCUCCGCCCUUCCCAGCGACCGCGCCUAUGUCCAAUGCUGAGAGUACAACGCCUUGUCGCGAUAGACUGGUCUGCAAACUUCACACCGUAAUCUUGGGAUUACAGGACAGGAUAAGUGGGCUCGAGGAUACUCUUGUCCCGCAGCUUAGUACUUGGCUUGAAAAGAAGAGUAACACAAUUGAUGAUCUGAUCGUCGAGGUUUUGAGAUCGAAAGCAGAGAUCACCGACCUCAAACACGCAGUCGACUUUGGAAACAAAAUCGUAAGCGGGUGUUGGGAGCGGGAGGGGGAAGUCUGGCAUACGCUGGCUAAGAUACAGACGAAGAGGCGAGCAAGGAACAGCGGACUGUUCAGAAGACUCACAGGGCGGUGUCGGGAUCAAAAGCCCCAAGAUGCCGAUCGGUGUAGUGGUGAUGUCCCGGAGGGUUGUGAAAAGCAGGCCUCACAGCACCAAGCUUCAGACGUCUCGUUCCCUAGGACAAAGGAGAACAGCGCGACGCUGUCGAAUAAGGAGCUGGACGCCCUCCUCGCGAUCACGGCGCAGAAUGUGAGGAUUCUGAGAGAGGAUGUCGAGGAUAUGGUCACGAUGGUGCAAGAAUGUAAGCGGAGAGCUUCGGGGAUAGAGGAGAUCGAGAGGGUAGAAGAAGGGUCAUGGAGAGAUGUUUAAAAAGGAUCUGAUUACCUGUUUUCGAAAGGCUUGCAUUAUGAGCAAAUGUUUUGCUUCAUU